AUGGAUAUCGAAAGCAAAUACAGUGCUCAGGAGACCAUUCAAGAUGUGGACUUUGUCCAGGAGGAUCUGCAGUCAAAGGUCUCGAAGCCGUUGUGGAUUCUCAUCGUCCUGACCAUCCUUUCUUCAACUUUUCUGUUCUCGCUGGAUAAUACCAUCGUCGCGGAUGUGCAGUCUCCCAUCGUCGAUCGGUUCGGGGAGGUAGGGAAACUGAGUUGGCUGGGUGUUGCCUUUGUGCUUUCUGGCUCCGCUACGAUUAUCACCUGGGGAAAGCUGUUUGGGAUCUUCAGUGCCAAAUGGCUGUACCUGACCUCCGUUGUUUGUUUUGAGGCUGGCAGUGCGCUUUGUGGAGCUGCUCCCAGUAUGAAUGCGUUCAUUAUUGGCCGUGCUCUUGCGGGGUUGGGGGGCGCAGGCAUGUACCUGGGCUGCAUUACUUUGCUAUCACUCACCACUUCUGUUCGGCAGCGGCCUAAUUACAUGGCGCUCACUGGAAUUACUUGGGGAUCUGGGACUGUGCUUGGUCCAGUGGUUGGUGGUGCAUUCUCGGAAAACCCACACACGACCUGGCGUUGGGCCUUCUACAUCAACCUUUGCAUUGGCGGUGCUUUUGCUCCAGUCUACAUCUUCUUCCUUCCCCGGGGCGAUCCCCAGAAAGGCAUGACGCUUAAGCAGAAGCUGCUGCAGAUCGACUAUCUCGGCAUGGUGUUGAACGUCGGUGCGUUCACGGCCUUGAUCAUGGCAAUCAACUUUGGAGGAAAUCUCUUCAACUGGGCUGCUGGACAGGAGAUUGCACUUUGGGUUGUUGGUGGUGUCUUACUGCUUUUUUUUGUUCUGCAGCAGCGGUUCACCAUUGGCACCACGGACACGGAGCGCAUUUUUCCUGCUGAUUUCCUACGUCAGCCUCUGAUGUGGUUGCUCUUUGCGCUUAUGUGCUCUGCUUCUACUUGUGUUUUUAUCCCCACCUACUACAUUCCCCUGUAUUUCCAGUUUGUGAAAGGGGACUCGGCUCUGACUGCAGCAGUGCGGCUGCUUCCCUUUAUCUGCCUGAUGGUCGUCUCUGGAUUCGCGAAUGGCGGGCUCAUGUCCAAGUUUGGGUACUACACGCCCUGGUACCUGGCUGGUGGAAUCCUGACAACCAUUGGAGGUGCUUUGAUGAGCACCAUCGACGAGAACAGCUCGAACAGCCUAGUUUACGGAUACUCUAUUCUUAUCGGAAUCGGCGCUGGCAUGUUCAUCCAAGCAGGCUUCUCAGUAGCGCAAGCCAAGGUCACCCCGUCACGAGAAUCGGAUGCUUCUUCUUUCAUUGCACUGGCACAGAACCUCGGCAUUGUCCUCGCAUUGGCAAUCUCUGGAGCUGUGUUCCAGAACAAGGCACUCGACGAGCUACAGAAGAUUCUUCCUAACCUGCCGCGGGAUGCACUCCGGGGAGCCAUUUCGGGAUCGAAUGGUGGUAUUCUGAAGCAGAUCCCGGCGGACACAAAGGUCAAAGUACUCCAUGCUGUGGUCGAUGCCAUGUCUCGCACAUACUACCUGGUAGUAGCUGCGGGCGCUUUGACAAUCAUUGGGUCUCUGUUCAUGAAGCACGAGAGAAUCUUCAUGCAAGCUGCCGUCGCAGCGUGA